GCACCCAACUUCACGCGAUACGAAACGCCAAUACAUAUCGCGGCGCCGCUCGAUUAAUCGAGAGAUGGCGCGGCGGGCGGUUUUAGUGAGCAUAGCCGGUUAGAGAGCCAUUUCUUCUCUCCCACAUCCUUGGUGUACCUUCGGCCUAAGGGUGGGUCUGUCCUUCGUGCGGGAGGGGUCGCGUAAACGCGACGGCGACGUGUCGUGAAGUAGCGCCGUGGAAAUUGUUUGUGCACGGGUGACUCGAAGGAAGGGCGGUUCCGCGUGCGACACGCCGGACGGAUCCGCUCGGCGGCCCGCUCUCGCGCGGUUGGCGUGUUCCCGGCGUAUCUCGGUCGCCGACGAGGACGACGAUCGAAAGCGAAUGGAACGCGGCGCUCUCGGCGCGCCUCGAUUCCUCGAUUCCCCGCUCCCAUCCGCUCGCUCGUAACAGGAAGAGAGAGAUAGGAGAAAGGAGGAGAGAGCGAGCGAGAGAGAAAGAUAGAGAUACGCACGAGCCCCCGGUACGUAGGUACGCUCCAGUCGUUCAUGGCUGCGGCUUGGGGUGGGGGAAAACAAGCCGUGUAACGACGUAAGAUCCCAAAAGCUUUAUGCAGGAAUAUGUCAAGUUUAAAAAUCGAAUAUGUUGCAUGUUUAGAGAGAGAGAGAGAGAGAGAGAGAGAGACAACGGUUCUAAGGAGUAAACAAGCAUAUAAAGAUGUUGGUAAUGCACUUGCUUGCGCUACCCUUGAGAACGAUGGAUUCUGACCAAAGAAAUCAGCAGGUGCAUCAGCACUGAAUAAAAAAAAAAAGAAAAACUGUAUAAUGAAUGCCUGCUGCACUCACUCGCCGCCAACUCUGUACAAGCAGACUUAAGAUUUGUUGAAGUAGUACGUGAGUAGCAGCUACUCACGCCACAUUCAGCUGUACAUACAAAUCUAAAUACAUAUAUAUACAUAUACCGUCGUAUAUAUAUAUAUGUAUUUAUUUUUUCGCACAUGGCAGCCAUGAAGCAUGGCAAGACGAGUCAGGACGACGUAUGUUACGUUGUCGCCAAGUAUGAUUAUGGCGCACAGGGCGCGCAAGAACUAGAUUUACGUAAGAACGACCGCUACCUAUUACUGGAUGAUUCCAAGCAUUGGUGGAGAGUGCAGAGCGCCAGAGGACAGGCGGGUUAUGUGCCGAGCAACUAUGUUAAGAAGGAGAAGCCCUCGCUGUUCGACAGUAUUAAGAAAAAGGUCAAGAAGGGCUCCGGUUCUAAGACCUUGCCAUCCAGUAACUCACCGUCCCGCGCGGUCGAGUCCCCCAUCAUGGCACGACGCUUACCGGCCGAUCCGAGCGAGGCGAUCGGCACCGCGGUUGUCAAAUAUAAUUACCAGGCACAGCAGGCGGACGAGCUGUCUCUCGUGAAGGGCACUAGGAUUCUAAUACUCGAAAAGAGCAAUGACGGCUGGUGGCGGGGCCAGAGCGGCACGCAGGCUGGGUGGUUUCCCUCGAACUACACUCAGGAGGAGGGUGACGCCGACGACACCCUGCACACCUACGCGAUGGCCGAGAACGUGCUCGACAUCGUGGUGGCUCUCUAUUCGUUCUCGUCCAAUAACGAUCAGGAGUUGUCGUUCGAGAAAGGCGACCGUCUCGAGAUCCUUGACCGUCCGCCGGCAGACCCUGAGUGGUACAAAGCGAGAAACAGUCAGGGCCAGGUAGGCUUGGUGCCACGCAAUUAUCUCCAGGAACUCAGCGAAUACUUGACGCAGCCGUACCGCGAACGCGGUAUGACGAGCAGCGAAAUUAGCACGGGGGAUUCCCUCGAGCGGAGGCCGGACCCCGGCGAUCGGCCGCAUCUCAUCGGCAAGCCUUGGUACUACGGUAGUAUUACGCGCUCGCAAUGCGACACGCUGCUCAAUCAACACGGCCACGAUGGAGACUUCCUAAUUAGGGAUAGUGAAACCAACAUGGGCGACUAUUCGGUAUCCUUGAAAGCACCGGGUCGGAACAAGCACUUUAGGGUACACGUAGAAGGAGCGUUAUACUGCAUCGGUCAGAGGAAGUUCCAUACGCUAGAUCAACUCGUAGAUCAUUACCAGAGAGCCCCAAUUUACACCAAUAAGCAGGGCGAGAAGCUGUAUUUGGUACGCCCGCUACCAAAAGGCAACGCUAGUAGCAACGGUUGCUAGAUAAAAAUUCGUGCCAUGAAAAAUAAUAAGAAGAAACAGUCCAUGCGCUUUCAGAUGUAUCGCUAAGAUACGCGACGCCUGCCUAGUAAUAUCAAUAUCACACAUCUCGUACGUUUAUACAUAACGAUUAAUAUAAUUGGUCUACUCGUAUAUUAGUGUUUCUCGAUUGUUUCUCUCUGAAUUUAAACAGCGACGUAUAAUUUAUUACUCUAAGUGAAAUCAGUGAACUACUACGCAAUCCUCCUCGGAGCUUCCAGACUACUCAGCAAAACGAACAAAGAAACAUUAAAUACGGCAGCUAUAUACGUCAACUGAUUGAAAACACAAGGCUUAUCUUUAUAUUCAUACGUAUUUGUAAAAGGCGAACCGACCAUGUUAUUACGAUUAAUAAUAUAUUACAACUGCAUAUAAUAUAGACUGCAAGUGUAAUGAUGACAAGUAAUAAUUAAUUAUCAUGCAAUUAUGAACGAUUAAGUGGAUCUCUACUCUAGAGCUAUUGGUAUUGAAUUAUAACAAAGACUAAGUGUUCAUUUGUGAUUUUGUAUUUAUUAGAAGUUUUUAAGUAAAUAAACUGUAUUUAAGUGUGCAUAAGAC